AUGCAAUCUCGCCCCCUGGCUGCAUUGCUGCGGCGAUCGCACGCGCGCAGUGGCAGCGUGGCUGGGAGGGAGUCGCGCUGGAUGUCGACGUCGAGCUUCUACGAUUCGCAGUCUGGUCGGCACAUCACUCUGGACGAGUGGGUGCGCCUGUACGACCUCACGGCGCCCGCCACCGAGCUUGCUAGCGUUGACAGCGCGGACGACCUUCCUGCUAGUGGCGGCGUUCUGCUCACGCUAGCUGCUCGGGGCACCGAGGUAGAGGGCCGGGCGGAGGCAGUGGUGAUCGCGCAGGCGGCCAAGGCCAGAGACAUGCCGGUUCGGGCGCUGAUCAGCAACGCCUUUGGCUGCGAGGAGCACGGCUCGACGGACCCAAAUGUCCUGCAGCUCGUUGCGGCCGAGCUGGCGGACGUAGGUGUCGACGUCAUCACCCUCGGCGACCAAGAGGGGUUCGGCAACGAGGAUGCGCUCGAGGAGGCGGUGGAGGCGAUCUGCUGGAACGACGUCGUCGGCGUGCCUCUCAGCCACCGGCUCGGCCUCCGUGCCGCACCCACCGAGGAGGGGAUCCUCCUGUGCGGCACUGCGGCGGGCCCCCAGUUCGCGAUCAAGCACAUCGACGUGUGCUCGCGUGGCGAGCAGGCGCCGCAGGCGGGCGAGGUGGCGGCGCUGCUCAAGGAGAACGGGAUCGAGCACGGCGUGGACGGCGGCAAACUGCCGUGAGGGUUGGCGCGUGUGGCUUUCGAAAGGGCGGGGUAGCUGAGGGCGGGGUAGCUGGGAGAAACAGAAAGAGAAUAGUGAAAGAGGGGGAGGCGAGGCGUGUGGUCUCUCUCUAUGUGUGUAUUCCCCCUAAUCUCCCCUAAAAAGUUAAUAAUAAAUAAAA